AUGUUUGUAUAUUCCAUGUCUUAUCCCUCCCUCAAUGAACCUGCUCUCACCAUCUGGGUGAUACAAAGAAGAUGUUUUGACAACGCAGACUUUUAUAGACGUUGGUCUGACUACAAAGCUGGUUUUGGUAACUUCAAAGAGAAAUCAGAUUUUUGGAUCGGAAAUGACGCAAUCCACAUGUUGACGAGAAAUGGUUACAAUCAUAUGAGAAUUGAAAUGCUGAGGACAGACAACGAGCUAAUAGAGGCAGAAUACAAAUAUUUCUUUGUCGGCGAUGAACACACCGAAUACAACUUAACAAUCAAUGGAUUUACGGGGUUAUAUGGAAAUAUUUCUAUGCAGGAAAAUACCAAAAUAUUCCGUCACUUCUUCCUCCUUACAGUAUGCUUGCGCAGAAAAUGUUCAGGAAGUUACCACGAUUUCAAGUCCCAAGAAAUAAUUGUCGAUUGUCUGUCAAACAAAACUAAUAAAAGGGCAAACGCUGAUGGGAUGAAAUUCACCACAAUUGAUGCAGACAACGAUCUAUGGGAUUAUGGAAUCUGUGCAAAUAUAUGCAAGUCAGGCUGGUGGUUUAAUUUUUGUACAUGUGGGAAUAUUAAUGGAUUGUUUGGAAAUGAAAAAACAAGUAUCGCGUCUGAAAUGCGUUGGAGGUGCUCAGGCUCGCAAGACUGUACCCUCAAAGCCACCAGAAUCCUGAUCAGACCAUAG